AAGCUCUUCUCCUCAGAUCACCCCAAUCUCAUCCAUCUCCUCUUCUGAACACCCCAGUGUAUCUGACAUCAUGAACCCCUCUCCUCCACCUCACCUCAAUCUCGCGUGAUGUCGUCCGGUGCGUUACGGACAGAAACACAAGCGUAUUAUGAAUAUACAUUGAUGAGCUGAAAGAUAAUCACAAGCUUUAAAUGGAUGUAACGGGGUUAUGGUAAUAAAACAGCACAGGGCACCCAAUCCCUGAGAGUUAGCCCAGUAUUUUGAGGACGCAGCGUAGGGCCGUGUGUCGAGUGCAGAGAAGAGAAGACUGUCGCGACUCUCCCCAUGUAGACCUACGAGGCGGGCGCCGUCCCCGUUGUGAGCCGCGUCGCUCGGAAAUGCGAGGACGCGGCGGCCGAGAGCCACGCGACACGGAUCCUGCAGAACAUGGCCCAGGACGGCGAGAUCCUCAAGAUCAUCCGUGGAGGAGAGGAUGACCCGAAGCCCAGGCCGCUCGCGAGGCUCAAGAGAGCGGCCGUGUCGAUGGUGCAAAGUGCAGGCCAGUGCCUCAAAGGAGACGCUGAGAAAAAUGAACUCAAGCAUCUUGCCAACAAGAAUCUAAAGUUGUCUCCAGAUGGGAAGAGACAACUCCUCAAGCUUGGAAAUGGCUGGAGCAGGGCCGACGUGCAGCUCUGGCUGAAGGUGAACGGCCUGGAGGAGUUUGGCGAGAAGUUCGCCAAGUUCGACGGGAAGCGGCUGCUGCAGCUGCUGAACGUCGACCAGGAGAUGCGUGGCCUCUUCACCAAGGUGGAGGAUGACCUCCGCAAGCUGUAGGAGGAGAAGAGGGCGGCUGAAGGAUGGUGGUGGCUGGGGCCGCAUCAAAUCCAGAUACCCCAUGUUUAACAAUUCUGAUUUUGCAGCAAGUCAAAUUUGCUCUAUUAACACUUGGAAUAGAAGACAAUUCCUAUAUCAUGGGCUUUUUUAAGGUGUAUGUACUUUUGAACAAACUCCUGUGAGAUUUACAGUUUAAUCAAUAUUUUUCAUUGAAAUAAUGGAGCUCAAAUUCUUACUAAGAACAAUAAUAUUACUCACAUCAUAUUGCACAUUUUACUUAUCGAAGUAGUGGUAUAAUGGGUGGUGCCGUUGCAUUGACUUUUUUAUAGGAUAGUCAAAUAAGCAGCUGAUUUCUUCAUUUAUUCGUGGGAAUUCUUGCCAUUAAGAGCACUUGGAGGUUAAAGGGCUCAAUUCUUGUGUUGGUCAACAUCCCUUUUUGUGCAAUUUUUUGUGAAAACAUUCUGAUGUCUCCACUGCUAGAAAUUUGAGAAACUGACACCCAAGAUGUAAAUCUCGUACAAAGUGUCUCCUUGCUCAAGCAAGCAAUGGGGGUGAAUAUGUGACGAUCUCCUUGAAACCCAUGUAAUUCCACAUUCCCGAUGGCAUCUUGCAGUGACUGAAGUGUUAAUGUGAUGCAAAAAAGUUACAUGUCAAAGUUCUAUUCAGCUCUCGGUAAGGAAUGGUUUGCCCACCCCUGCAAUAGGGAAUCCAGGUGAUUAUCAACAAAGUGGUACUCGUCUCUGGAGGAAUGAUAGAUUGAGAGCACUAAAGAGCCUUUACAUCCAGCGUGGGCAUUUCCAGCUGAACAUUACAAUGGUGUGUCAGGAUUCCUUCACCAACAUUUAUCUUACGUUUUUAUCAGUUAUGCUCGCAUUAGUUUUUACCAGUUGUGGGCUUUUUCUAAGGUUACAAGGGAUGAAACAUAGUAAACAAAAAUGGUAUUCAUACCUUUUAACCAAUUUUUAUUUACUGUUGCAAGUGGUGAGAUGUCUCUAAAUGGCAACACUUAAUACACUAGAAAUUGACAGCGCUUAGCAAAAGGAAACCCAAUGCUGGUAUAUUUUUUGUCUUUGUACAUAUGUUGGACUUCUUUCGUACCAUUCAUAGCCAUCCGUGUUCAUUGGAGACGUGGAGGAGGGACAACAAACUAAACAUAAAGCAACCACAAAACACACUUAAUUGUGGUGGUCUUAUGUUUAUUAUGUACAAUUCAUUAAUACAGUAUUAUUUCUGCAGUACAAACGUGGGUAUCAAAAUAAAACAUUACCAUUUACUGAAAUAUCA